UCUUGCAACUGCAUUGUAUCAUUAGACACGGGUAAAUCUUCAACCUUUCUUCUUCUUCUUCUUCUUUAUCUCAAUUGUCGUUGAUCUUCAGGUAUUCUGCAAGGUCAUGGGGAGGUUGUUUGUGGUCAAUUUGGAGGGAAGGAUCUAUAGCUGCAAACAUUGUCAUACCCAUCUUGCGCUUUGCGAAGACAUCAUCUCAAAGGCUUUCCAAAGCAGACACGGGAAAGCUUAUCUCUUCAAUAAGGUUGUGAAUGUUUCUGUUGGUGAAAAAGAGGAGAGACUGAUGAUGACCGGGUUGCAUACUGUGGCUGACAUUUUCUGUGUGGGUUGUGGAUCGAUUGUGGGAUGGAAAUAUGAGACUGCCCAUGAAAAACCCCAGAAGUACAAGGAAGGAAAAUCAGUGCUUGAACGGUUCAAGGUGUCAGGUCCUGAUGAAAGCAAUUAUUGGAUCAGCCAUGAAGCACAUGUUGGUGGAAGUGAUGCUGAUGAUGCUUAGUCAUCCUAUCAUUCCCAAUUGUACAUUCCUUAUCCCUGCGUUGCUCAAUGAAUGUUGGUUUAUACAAGAAAUUUUGCAAAAUCAGCACAUUGCCAAACCCUGUCAACAACGCAACUUGAGUACAUCUAAUUGUUGGUUCUAAUGUUAAAAAAUAUAAAAAUAGAAAAGCUAAUAUUCAAACUUCUAAUUGGUCCUGUUUUUCAAUUUGUAGCACAAUAAUUGGAUGAAGAAAGCCUUUCAAGUACCUUGUCUCUGUCUCUCUAGAGUAAAUGGAAUGUAAUAAAAGAUUACUGAAAAUUAUGUACUAUAGCCGAAACUUUUGUUGAUUCAGUUUACGUUAAU